CCAGGGCAACGUUCUGAUCAUGAACACAUGCAGGUUGAAGCAGGGCUGAUGUAGAGAUAGUCCGAUAUCUACAUCAAAACGGGAGGUAUCGAACUAUGAAAGAUAUAAUCGCACUACCCUUGUAACAUCUUGACUACCUCGCUGCCUGGAUUCUCCUGGAAACUGAUCAGAAGGGUAGCCGUCGAGUGACUCGAUGAUUGAACAGAAAGUCUGGUUCAUUACAGGAACAUCCUCAGGCCUUGGCAAAUGCCUGGUCAGCUCAGCACUACAGAGAGGCGACUAUGUAAUUGCAACAGGGCGCCACAUGCAAGACUUCUCGGCAGACCGCACCAAUCCUCGUCUGCAUGUGAUGGAGCUCGACGUAACGGAAAGUGAGGAAACCAUCAAGCGGAAUAUGAACAACGCCUUGGCUGUGUGGGGUCGAAUCGAUAUUCUCGUCAACAACGCGGGUUACGGGUCCAAAUGCAUGAUAGAGGAGGGAGGGUCUACAGCCGCGCUAGCCCAGUUCCAAACCAAUUUCUUCGGUGUCUUGAAUGUGACGAACGCAAUCCUGCCGCACAUGCGCAGCCGCAAGGCUGGGACGGUCGUGCUCGUAGGCAGUCGCUCUAUAUGGCAAGCGAACGUGCCUACUGCUGGCUUCUACAUUGCGUCGAAAGCCGCUAUCCACGCUAUCAGCGAAACACUCUCUGCUGAGCUUGCACCGUUUGGGAUCCGUGUGCUACUUGUCGCUCCCGGAGGGUUUCGCACCAACAGCAACGACAAGAUACCGUACUCGAUGAAUCAUCACGUUGAAGAUUACGACGGAUUCCGUGAGAGCAUCCUUGAGAAGCUGAAGGAUUACUGGAAACACGUCAAAGGCGAUCCAGCGAAGGCAAUGGAGGUACUGGUCGACGUCCUCCGAGGAGAGGGAAGAGCAGAAGGGAGGGGGUUGCCUUCGCACUUGCUCCUGGGGAACCCGACCUACGACAACGCUAAGGCUUAUUCUGAGCGGCUCUCGCAGACGAUGAAAGCCUGGGAGGAUAUAGCGAUGGAUCUCGAUUUUGAGGAUGAAUAAGCAAUGCACUCACUUUUUAUAAUCGAACGUCGAGCGAAGAGAGCGCAGACGUCCACAUGGUGACCACAUGAACGUGCUGGGAGAUGUACAAUAUACAAGAAAUGAAGAACAUGUUGGCGUGGCGGAACAGCAUCUGGAUGGAUGAGUUCCAUAAGCAUCAAGUGGUCGUUGUCUGGAGAUCGCGUCACAGACUCAAAACCCGUGGGCCUAUCGUAAGGACCCCGCCAUUCAACAGCUGCUGUGCGAAAGCUGAGAACAGCGCACCUACUCGGUUAGUGCACAGAUGCAGGAAGUUGAUCGCUUACCUCGAUUCAUAGAGUCGCUCGUCCGACAUCCCG